AUGUUUGGGGAACGCUUCGACGAUUUCUCGCCUGAUCUUCAAUUACCAAUCUUGUGCCAGAGGUGUCAAAGUGUAACAGAUGGCCCCGAUGUUCGCCCAUUCCCCACAGUCGAACCUCGAUUUCUCCAUAACGAUUACAUACCUUCAGUGGUUGAGAUGUCGGAGUUAAAAGAUGUGUUGGAGAAAGGAAAGAGAGACCUCAAGCGUUAUGAAGAGGAUAUAGCAGUGUUGCGGCAAACGCUUGAGCGGUUGGAAUGUGCAAAAAGUGCCAUGGAGAACACGACCAGGCAGUGUCGGGCUGCUAUUUCUGCUCAACGGAGGGUACCCAUGGAGAUCUGGGAGAUGAUUUUCUCCAUCAUAUGCUUGUCGUCUCGCGAAUAUUCAUUCGACGUUGACUACCGCUCGGAUUCUCCGCUCCUUGGACUCCCUGCCACCAUUAUAUCUCAAGUCUGCUCCCAUUGGAGGACGAUUGCUAAGGCAUCGUUCAAGCUUUGGUCCUCCAUCAACGUCAAUCUCUCACAACCACGUUAUAACGUCGCUUUACCUCUCGAGGCCUAUUUUUUGAAUUCGAGGGAUUAUCCUUUGAAACUACGGAUUAAAGGCGGUGCGGGUCCUUGCCUAGGACCGUCACGGGGUUUGGAUUUAUGGGAAUCACUAUCCAGACACAUGCACAGAAGCUGGGAACUCACCAUGGCGAUGGAUACCUCCAGAGAUAUUGGAAAUCUUCCCCCUGUCCAACGACUGACCUUCCCUAAUCUUGAAUCGUAUCGCGAAGAAUCUGUCCUGCCUGAUGAAUCGCUCUGGCCCUGGUUCUGGCGAGCUAUUCAGAAGUCAACAAAACUCGCCGUGGUCUCUAGCUACAUCGUAAAUCGUGCCAUACCCUUUUCUCAGCUGACAACUUGGGAGAUUCAAAUUAUCAAUUGUUGUGAUGACGUGGAUGACUUCCUCGAUGUUGCACAGAGCUGUACGGCCCUCAAAUCCCUUACCUUGUCAGAUAUCUCGAGCCAUGAUGUUCCCGAUUUACCUGUGGCUACUCGAGAGGUCAAGUUGCCCUCCCUUCGUCAAUUAUCAAUCACGACCGAUCACGACGAGUACGGCUGGGUAGCCACUAUCUUUGGCUCUCUCGUCACGCCCUCCCUCGAAACAUGUCAUAUCCAUCAUUAUGCGUGGCCUCUACCUUCUGCGUUACUCGACAUGGUUCGACGAUCCUCGACUUCGCUCAGAAAAAUAAGGCUCACACUCGUACUAUUGCACGACUGGGAUGCAAACUCAACUAGGGAUCCACUUCUGCUCGAUAUCUUGCAAACUGUUCCCAAAUUGACUCAUUUUGAGUUGACCUUGGGCGGAGUAUCGAUUGAGGACAUUCGACCCAUUGAUGGCAUGAUCUCCGCCCUCCUUUCCAAAUUCGAAGGCAAAACUCCUGACUUUCUCCCACAACUUAACUAUUUCUUUCUAGAACUUCCGUGGGUCACACUGGACACGGAACUCGUGAAGCGCAUACUGGAGGUGGUGUCUGCAGGGCAGGGUACAUCCCAUCCUUUGGCGGAGUUUCACUUCGUGCGUCGUUCAAGUUAUGUGGGCGAGUCGUGGUUCAAGUCGGAGUUUGUCAUGGAACGAGAACUGCUUGAAAGGAUAAGAAUGCUUGACGAGAGUCGUGUCAAGGUCGUUAUUCAGGACUAUGACCCCUGA